AUGGGCAAGUCGUUGUCAAUGGAGUCAAUGUUCGUCCCGGAUCCCGUUGUCUCCAUGGCAAUCAGACCAAUUGACAAAAAGGUGACCGAUUCAUUUAGCAAGGGCAUCAGACGGUUUACCAGAGAAGACCCCACCUUCCGUAUAGUACAGGACCUUGAAAGCGGGGAAAUGAUUGCAUCUGGAAUGGGUGAACUUCAUUUGGAGAUCUACGCUCAGCGGUUGGCUAGAGAAUACAACUCUCCUUGUGAAUUGGGGAAACCCCGCGUCGCAUUUCGCGAAACCCUCGCACAACCGUUCGAAUUUGAUUAUCUCCAUAAAAGGCAAUCUGGUGGCGCGGGUCAAUACGGUCGCGUGAUUGGCAUCUUAGAGCCACUUGCUCCACACUUGAACACACAAGUUUUGUUUUCCGACGAAACGACAGGCACACACGUCCCAAAGAUUUUUGUCCCUUCCAUUGAGAAAGGAUUCAGAAACGCCUGUGCCCAAGGUCCUCUGGUCGGCCAGAUUGUCACUGGUGUUCGGUUUCGGCUACAGGAUGGUGACCAUCAUGUGGUUGACAGUAGCGAUUACGCGUUUCAGCUUGCCGCUGAGGGCGCCAUGAAACAAGCCAUGGACGAGGGAACUUGGAUCAUUUUGGAACCGAUUAUGCUGGUGGAAUCUUCAGCCCCUGCCGAAUUUCAGGGACAGAUCAUUGCCAUUCUGUCGAAACGCAAGGGUAUCAUUGUCAGUUCCGAUAGUCAUUCCGGUUAUUGCACCAUUGAGGCUCAGGUCCCGUUGAAUGAUAUGUUCGGUUAUGCCGGUGAACUGCGUUCUCUGACCGAAGGGAAAGGAGAAUUCAGUAUGGAGUAUAGCAAGUACUGUCCUGCACGCCCAGAGACUUCAGACAUGCUAAUAAAAGAGUAUACAGAAUUGAAAGAGGCCAAAUUCUCGCGACACGGUGCUCAAGCAAAAAAGAAGAGCCGUUAG